UAUCCGUCAGUACGUUUCAUUGACCCUGUCUGGGCGAAUUCCCUCUGAACCUGUGUGAGUUUGGGACUGGGGAAUUUCUAAAACGUGCGUUAGUUAUGGAACCGUUCUGAACCUGCGGAAUGUUAAAAACCUGUGAAAAGUCUAAAACCUGUGACAAUUUGGACCUGUGAAUUGUCUGAAACUUCUGCCAAUUUUGACCUGUGUCUGAAACUUCUGCCAGUUUGGAACUGCGAGAUGUCUAAAAUCUAUGCCAGUGUGGACAUGUGAAAUGUCUGAAACCUGUGCCAAUUUAGACCUGUUUAAUGUCUAAAACCUAUGCCAGUUUGCACCUGUGAAUUGUCUGAAAUUUAUGCCAGUGUGGACUUGUGAAAUGUAUAAAACCUAUACCAGUUUUGACCUAUGAAAUGUCUUAAACCUAUGUCACUUUUGACCCAUGAAAUGUCUUAAACCUGUACCAUUUCGACCUGUGAAAUGUCUGAGAUACUGGAACUGUUGAUGUCUAAAAUUUUAUCGAGGAUAGAGAUGCGUUAGCCUUAAAACAUAUUUUAUUCAGGAAUUACUAAAACUACGAGUGCACAGACCUUCAUCAACAUCCCCAUUUUCCCAGCGAAUGAGAUACGAUGACUUGGACUUGCGAUUUGAAAUUUGCGUUUCUUCUGGCAGUGGUGAUACAGAUGGGAAUCUGCCAGCACGAGAGAGUCCAAGGCCCUCGGCGUGGGAUCACUAGGAAACCUUUCAACGAAGAACCAGACGAGAAACCGUCGUGUUCUCCAAAACCUGUUGCCGUAGACUGGGACGUGGUCAAACAUCGAGUCAUUUCGAUGGUCGGCAACGACCACGUCUACAAAGAAGAUUUACUUCAUUCACGAUCUCCUGGCAGCGUGCUCCCCGUCGAGUGGUGUCGGUCCGAGACGACUCCCUGCGGGAUGCCUGCAACACAGUGCUCGCUUGGGCCAAUGGAAAGCAAAAGUACGGCGUUUGCCGUCUCGACUGCAAAAGAAGAACGCUUGCUCGUCUCUCUGGAUUACCUGGAGGCAACACGCUGCCUCUGCAGGGCCAAUACGUCUGUUGUAGAUGUGUUUCCCAUCAUAACGAAGGUCAACGUUGCUAAACAGUGCAAUCACGUGGUAGGAGGUCUGAGCAACAGUGCUGUAGUCGUCGGCACAGGAAGAGAUGCUACAAUGUCCUUCCCUUACUCAACGCCCGUGGAAGAAGACGCUCCCUCCAGUGUUAUGAUUUUGAAGGCCUUUGAACAAACUCGACCUCUGAUAAUCGACUUCAUGAUAAAGAUAAAGAACACUCAAAGCUAUGAUGGGCCCGAGGACUGGAGAGUGAGAGCCUCCGUGUCUUUCGAUAUGGGCGUCGUCGAGCUCCUCCUUCCGAAUGUCGGUCAGGGGGACGAGGGUCCCUACUUGUGCAUGGUGGAGUUUCUCAGUUCUUCUUCCUGUUUCUCGAUGGUGGAACUAUCUGUGUCUGGCUCUGCACAAGACACAGAGCAGACAGUAUGUCGGCCCCAGAUGACAAAACCAACUUGGGCAACUUUCCAAGAUGGUGCUCCAAUGCCGGUGGUUUUCAGCAGUAACUUCAACCAAAACCUCUUGGUCCAGAAAUGUGGGGCUUUAGGAGGUAACCAGUGCCAAGCUGCCAGUCGCCAGUGUGUCUCCUCCACGACUAGAGAAAAAGAAACGACGCUCUGUGUCCCAGAUGAUGUUGCAGGCGACCACCUGUCCAAAAUGGCAGUUCGCUACAUUGAGGACGAAACGUGCGCAUGUGGCCCGAGGGAGGUGUUCCAGAAGAGUUCCAUUUCCGGAGAAACUGUUCACAUCACGAACUUGAAGAAAGUUGGUACUUGUCCCAGAGGAUGCCAACCAGAAUACGUCGUGGUCCAGUGGCGUGAUCUGAAGGAGUACUUGAACAAAUGGACAACCCUGAGCUUGAACGCCUCCAUCGAGGGCCAGACUCUCAAGGUCAAGAAGUGCCAUGAAAGUCUAACGCCCUGCUCUGACCACAACGUCUUUUGCGAGGUGGCAGAGGAGAUGAAAACGCGCAAGCGAAUCAAACUGAAGAACGUCAAUUUAAAAAUAAACCUAAAGAUCGUCGAGGCGAGCAGGUGUGAAUGCAAGGAGAGGGAGAACCCGACCCAAGACGGCUUCGGCCGAGUAGACAGGCCCCCUGUGAUUACUUACGCGAAACUUGGGCAUUUGAGAACAAAAAAGAGUGGGGAAAAAUUGAGGGCCAGCUCUGGUGAUGACAGAGGGCAUCACCCUUCAGAGUCUAUGAAGAAAGGAAAUAAAAAGUAAUUUUUAUUUCUGGUUUAAAACUGGAUUUCUGCUGUUAGUCUGUUAGUGUACACUGACACUUAGGAGCUUCGUACCUCAUCCCAAAACACUCCCCAGGACAAUGAAGGAUUCCUUUUCAGCAUCUAAUCUCCUCCAUCUGCCCAAGAAUUUCUAGUGUUCCUCUUCUCGUCCUUCCUAACACCCGUAAAUUAUGAAACUUUUUUCACCAAAGUAAUAUUCUCCAAUUUUCCUACAUGGCCAAAUCAUAUUAAAGCCCUUUGAUCCAUCCUUUCACCUUUGCUAACAAUUUUUUUUAACCAUUUCUGAACUCCACAUUCUCAGCUUUCAAAUUUUGUAUCAGAUAUGUUAUGGGUUGUGUGGCAACUAAGUUCGUAACCUGUGUCCAUCUCCACUGUUGUCAUUAUGAGUCUUACCUACAAUGACACUAGACUGGUAAUUAGCUGUUUAAUGCUCUUGCUAUUUCCAGAACUUUUUGCAAGAUUCGCUUCUUCUCUUGUAGCAAUUUCUUUCUUAACUCCUUUGAGUUACUCCUUUCUAUAACUUGCACUGUUACCUGUCUUCUAGAUCUACAAUUUCCCAAGUUGCAGCUAAUCUUUUUUAACAUUGUCACAAAAGAAUCUAUGGUCUCACCUACGGAUGCAGGUUACGAACUCGGUAGCCACACAACGGUGGCAAUAAGGAUGGAAUUGUAUCUCCAGCACUAUACAUGUAAGAGUGAAGAAUUGUAGUGUGUGUUAUAUAGCCUAUGCAGACACAACAUUAUGGAAACAUUUCCAAAUUUCUUUUUCAUUUCAUAUGCAUUCAACAUCUGCACUUCAAUUAUAUACAUGUGAACUAGCUCAACGGUCCUCAAUGCACUCCAACGUUGGCUCCCAGUGACUUUCGUGUUGCAGGCUCAAAUUAACAUUUGCUGUCCCAUCUUCCUAGUUUCCAUUUAUCUUUAUAACUUACACAUACAUUUUCUCUAAUUGCUAAUUCUCCGAGGCUUUACAUGUUCUUGAUCUACUUUUUUUGGUUUCUCCUCAUUAACAUCAAACUCUCUACACUCCUUCCUUUGCUCAUAACUGCAUUUACAUCUCUGCUGUCCCUUCUCUACCUUCUUUCUUGUCAUACUAUGUAAUAUUUUGUCCCUAUGAUUCAUGCAGUUGUGUCUACCACUUUUACCUUUAUCCAAUGAAAAAUAACAAUUUGUUGAAAAUUGUAUUUUUCCUAACUAUACAAACCUGAGGUCCUUUAACAAUAGGAAUAUAACUUAGCGGCAGCUGAACUGGUCGUAAGCCUUGAACAAGGGGGUUCGGUAGUUAACUGCUUGUCCUGCAGUUGGCGGUCAGCUCGACUGCGAGGAGAGGAGUCACUUUGCUUUAGGCCCAGGAAAACGCAGGGUGAGAGGUGGCACGAGGUGGGACUAUAUGUAAAGGACCUCAGGUUUGUAUAGUUAGCAAAAAUACAAUUUUUGACAAAUUGUUAUUUGUUCCGGUAUGUAUACAAACCCUCGGUCCUUUAACAAUAGGAAGACUCACUUAUUGGUGGGUGGAAUCUGAGUCUUAUGAACAGACUGGUGUUCGUCCUACCUUGGUUCCCUCCCAGGUAGUAGGAGCAAAGGGAGGGAUCCUAGCCUCUACCCAGCUGAUCGGAGUGUGCACCGCAGGAUCAGUGGUCAGACUUCUGGACCAAAUUUAUAAGAGGGAGGCAAGCGUACCUCUUAUAAAUAGCAACAAAUGCAAGAACUAGUUCCUACUUCAAGAGCCAAAAUGAAGUCAUGGGUUUGUCUCUUGUUGGCUUCCACUCCCUCCCUUGUUGGGGAGUGGUGGAUAAAAACUCCUAUCCCUAAUGAAAGGGAUAGGAUGGAACUCGGUUAUGUAGCUUACCUGCAUCGGCCUCCUGUUCAGCAAAGUGACGACCGCGGCCCUCUGCCCACAGGUAGAGGAGGAAGAACGAAGGAGGAAGAGAAGCCAGUCACACUCUCUUUCACUCGUCCAUUCAUGCAGUCGCAUAAGGAUGCGAUGCUGUUCUGUCCACUCGGGUGCUGGGUAAGCUACACUUGUUGAGCAGCCACCAUGGGUCCCAAGGAAAAAGUGUCCAAGGACCUGUGGGUAAUAUCCCGAAGGUAGAAAGAAGUAAAGGUGGUCUGGUUGGCCCAAACCCCUGCCUUCAGAACCCGCGCCAGGGAGAAGUUCUUGCGGAACGCAAGGGUUGGACCAAUACCUCUGACUUAGUGGGCUCUCGGACAAAGGGUAUGGGUGUCGUCACUACCAUCCGCCCUCCUGAUCACCUCACAUAACCAGAAAGAAAGUGUGUUCUUGGACACUUCUUUCUUGGUAACCCCGACGCUAACGAAAAGGCAUCGACACUCAGGCCUGAGGUGCCGAGUUCUCUUCAGAUAGCACCGUAGCGCCCUCACAGGACGAAGCAGCAUCUCAUCCGCAUCAUCAUCAGUAAAGUCCUUCAAGGAGGGGAUCGUGAAAGACUCAAACCAGUCGUCAGAGACCGAAGGAUUCUGAGUCUUCGCUACAAAGUUCGGGAUGAAACUGAGCGUCACAGAUCCCCAUCCUCUGGAAUGCUUGACAUCGUAGGAAAGACCAUGAAGUUCCCCUAUUCUCUUCGCCGAUGCCAGGGCCAGCAAGAAGAGGGUCUUUAGGGUCAGAUCCCUGUCUGACAACUCUUGGAGUGGCUCGAAGGGUCUUCGAGUCAAACCCCUAAGGACGAGAGUCACAUCCCACACUGGGGGCCUGAGUUCCCUUGGUGGGCAAGACCACUCAAAGCUCUUCAUCAGGAGGGAGAUCUCGAAGAAAGAAGAGAUGUCCACACCUCGCAGUUUAAGGACUAGUGCCAGGGCGGCUCUGUAUCCUUUAACUGCAGAAACGGAGAGGAGCUUCUCUCGGCGAAGAAAAACGAGGAAAUCCACUACCUGCUGAAGAGUGGCUCUGAGAGGAGAGAGACCCCGUUCUACAACACCAACCACAGAAGACGGCCCACUUCCCCUGGUAUACAGCUGCAGAGGACUGUCUGAGGUAUCCAGCCAUCUCUAUUGCUGCACUGCAAGAAAAGCCUCUCGCUCGCAAGAGAUGGUGGAUAACAGCCAGCCAUGAAGACAGGGACUCAACCAACCGGUGGUACCGCUCUAUGUGUGGCUGGCAGAGGAAGUUGUGCCAGGGGGAAUCUCUCUCGGUGCUUCGGCGAGCAGAGCCAGCAGGUCAGGGUACCAAACGGCUUAAGGUCAUUUGGGGGCCAGCAGGAUCAUCUGGAGAUUCGAGGUGAUCACUUUGCAAAUCAGACAGAAUGGGGGAAAGGCGUAAACUAAGAGGUUGUCUCAUGGGUAUUGAAGAGCGUCCUCUGCAGCUGCCCAUGGGUCCGGCACAACUGAGUAGAAAACCUGGAGUUUUCUGUUGUGCCAGGUGGUGAACAGGUCUACGACUGGACGCCCCCACAGGUUGAAGAGCCUUUCCUCCACGUCUGGGUGAAGGGACCACUCAGUUCCUAUCACCUGUUCCCGACGGCUGAGCUUGCCUGGAAUGUAGCGGGCUGACAGCUCUACUGAGUGUGCCACGGCCCACUCGUGCACCUGCAACGUUAACUGGUGCAGCGGAAGGGACACUAGGCCCCAGUUUGUUGACAUACACCACUACCGUGUAGUUGUCGCUCAUCAACACUGAGUGUCUCACCAAACGAUCCUAGAAUUCUUGGAGAGAGAAGAACGCUGCCUUGAGCUCCAGGACAUUGAUGUGAAGGUGCUUGUCGUGAUAAUCCCACACACCCGCAGCCAGCAACUCCUCUAGGUGUGCGCCCCAUCCCUCAGUCGAUGCGUCUGAAAACAGCAACAUCUCCGGGGAGAGGGGGGGAGUGCGAAGAAGCACUCCUCUUACAAGGUUCCCGUCGUCCAGCCACCAGGCUAGGUCCUGCCUCACCACCUCCGUGAGGGACACUCCUUCAGCCUCCACUGAAGAGACCGCAGGUGAAGACGUCCGUGAGGAACUAACUUCUCGAGAGACGAAAGGUGACCGAUCACUACCUGCCACUGCUGAGCUGGCUGCUCCUGUCGAGACAGAAACUGUCUUGCUGCCUCCCUGAACCUGCUGAUUCGCGAAUCUGAGGGGAAGACUCGCCCUGCUACCGUAUCGAUCAGCAUGCCCAGGUACUUCAUCCUCUGCUUGGGCUCGAGAUCUGACUUCUCGUAAUUCACUAUGAUCCCCAGAUCGCGGCAGAAUUCAAGGAGUCUGUCCCUGUCCUGUAGUAACUGCGAGUGGGAGCUCGCCAGGACUAACCAAUCGUCAAGAUACCUCACAAGACGUAUCCCUACCGAGUGGGGCCUAAGCCGACACCAGCGUGAACACCUGUGGGGCGGUUGAGAGACCAAAACAAAGUGCCCUGAAUUGGUACACCGUCCCGUUGAGGAUGAAGCGGAGGUACUUCCUGGAGGAUUGAUGGAUGGGUAUCUGGAAAUACGCGUCCUUCAGAUCCACAGAAAGCAUGAAGUCGUUCUCCCUGAUGGAAUCGACCACUGAUCGUGCCAUUUCCAUUGUGAACAAAGUCUGGUGAACGAAUCGGUUCAAGGGAGAGAGAUCUAUCACCGGGCGCCAGCCCCCCCGAGGACUUCUCCACCAGGAAAAGUCGACUGUAGAAGCCGGCGACUGAUCCCUUACGACCUCCACAGCACGUUUGCUCAGCAUGGCUUCUACUUCCUGCUGAAGCGCCACAUCCUUGGUCGAACCAGGAACGUACGUCUGAUGAUGGACAGGGUUGGAGGUGAGGGGUGGCCGACACUUGAAGGGUAGUAAAUAUCCCUCCCGAAGGACAUUCACUAUCCAGGUCUCUGCUCCGUAGCACUGCCAAGUUCCCCAAUGGCUCGCCAGGCACCACCCCACUUCCGGCAGCAGGAGAGGGGGAACGCCGUCCCUAGCGUUUCCUGUCUCUCUUCGACUUCUUCUUCCCAGAUCCUCCUCGAGAGAAGGACUGGUUACGGUCGCUCCUUACCGAAAAAGUCAAGGGCAUAGUCUUUCCUCUGAGCUUCGACGAAGCGAUCAUCUUGGCCACAGAGGAAGCACUAGCUAAGCUCUUGGGCUUAGCUGCAGUUGCUCGAGGUUGCCCAGCCACCUUCAAGAUUGCCUGGUGGACAAGACGGUCACUGUCGUCAGUGCGCCGUUGUUCCACCACAGCGUCCACCAUCUCUCUGGGGAAGAGAAAGGAGGAACUCUGCACUGGUCCAUUGCAAAGACCCAAAGCCGCCUCUUGCCCAGCCGCCCUGGUCACUCGGGUGAGGACAGCGUCCCUACGCCUGAGAACCAGGUUGGCCCACAGGUUAGUCGUCUGGUGGGCCAGGUAGGAGAUGGCCCUACCUCCAGACUGGCACAGUCUCACAAAAGCCAGGUCCCCUUCAGGAGUGAUGUUCCCCAAGGAGGCCGCAGCUUUCAACACUAUGAGGGACCACAGGUCGAUCCAGGAGACUGCUUGGAAUGCUGCCAUUGCGGUAGACUCCAAGGCAAGUGCCUCUUACUGCGAGAACCAGAGGUUCUCCGACAGGAGCUGCUGCUGAGACACCCCCAGAGUUAGCCUAGCUAGCUCCGGGUUAACCUGUUUAGGCGGCAGAGGAUCUUCUGAAGGCACGUAGAAUCUCCUCUGUCGUGGUAGAGGUGGGGGAAGGAGCUUGGAUGACCUGCCGGACCGAAGCGAACCCUCCUGUCCGGAGACAAGAGAGUCCACCUGGCUCAGCACACUGUCAGCCAAGGCUGAUCGCGGCAGACCCACUGUCGUCUGGGUUCCUUCUUAGGACCCCAGAACGACUCCAAACCUGAUGUGGGUUCGGAAGGUGGGAGCGGCGAUCCUUCCCCGAGGUCGUUGUGCUGACGAAUCAGCGCAAUAACCUCUGAGAACAACCUCUGGAUCUCGGAGUGACUGCAUCCUGCGGAGACGGGCCGUCAAGCCCAUCCAGUGAGAACGCCUCCCGAGAGCCUCCUCCUUCCACAGGAGGAACCACAACAGACCCCUCCUGGUCCCCUCCUGCCACUUGCGCAUACCAUCUGGUUGGUCUGAAGACCAUGCCAGGUUCGUUGGGCGUCGUGGCGGGAUCCCCUCCUGAUCGCCUCGCUCUUCCCGAUGUAGCCCUUGGAAGUUGAAGGGAUAGGAGAGGGAGACCUGACGCUUCCCCCCCCCCACCCACCCCCGUGCCCACCGGUGUGCUGAGGGGGCUGCAGGCAACGAGCUGCAGGCCUAGUCGAGCGGCUGGACCGAGAACAGCGGCGAAGGUCCCGAGCGUCUGAAGAGCUGCUGCUGGUCCCCCUCUCCGCCCAGUCCCAGUAGGAGCGGCAGUCAGGGGACCUGCAGAUUCCGCUGUUGCGGUGGGAGCGAGGCCUGUCCUCAUGGCACGUCACGCCGCUUGGACCAGCCAAGGCUGGUUCAGGCGACCGAGGGGACAGCUUCCUUGCCUCAGCCCAUAGACGGUCUGGGACCGUCGCGUCAACCCUGGGUACCAGCGGCUCGCCACGAGAGCGAUCGCUGGCCUGGCGGGAGUCACCUUGAUGACUCCCGCCAGUCUUCCGCCCCGUGCCUAGAUCCUGGCGCCGAGCAGACUCGGUUGCCUGGGUCUUGGCUGCACGGUCACCGGUGGGCGACCGUACACUCGGUACCUCUCGCGAACGUGAGGCCAAGACUCUGCCUCUGGCGCCAGGCGAGGAGGUACCUGUGCUCCUCCUGUCCCCGUCUUCUCCUUCCUUGCGGAAGGAGAGACGGGGCAGAGUGAGCCUUCCUAGGGGGGAAGGAGACGACCUUCUUCUUCUUCUUCUUAGGCUGUGGCUUAGAAUGAAGGGGAAGCGGCGGCAGACGACGACGAAGAAGAUGAUGAAGACGACGACAACACCUUCCUCCUCUUCUUCUUCCCCAGCUUCUUCAGGAUCACCGUCAGGUCUUCCAUCCAGGACGGAGCCAGGGCAGUUGCCGAAGCAACAGGGUCCGACUGCACCUGUCCGAAAGGACCUGGGGUAGGAGCAGCAACACCACGAGCAGGAACGACGGCGGCAGGAACUGGUACUGGAACUGGAGCUGCAGCGUGGACAUGAACAGGAGGCAGGGCAGGAACUAGCAGCAUCCUAUGCACCGGUGGCAGGUCCAGCGGAGAGCUCUUAGGACACCGGAAGUCAGGGGCUGAGGCGAGACCAGCAAAACCAGGUGGCGGCGUCACAGCAGGCAUCCUCACCCCCAUCAGCAGCAUCUGCACAGCGGCUGUCGGAGUCACCGUGGCUACGUGCUGCGUGUACACCAGGUGCGGAGGCGCAGCGUAGCCAGGCAUGGAUACCGUCGUUGUAGUGGUGGUUGUCGAGCCGUGGGUAACCGGCGUAGACACCCUCGACAGGUGACUCAGCAGCCCCAGCGAGUACCAGGCCAGGCCGAGAUCGUCACCCGUGGCAAGCAAACCUGAAGAAAACAGA